UGAAGGGGCGCGGAUGCUUCCGCAAACAUGGCGGCAGCGGUAGUACGGAGCGCUCGACUGGUGGCCUGGGGCGAAAGGCUGCGGCGCGGAGUGGCUGCCGGACCCGUGGCGGCGUCACUGGCCGGCGUCGCGCUGGCAGGAGUGGGAGUGGCGUGGUACCACGGCCUCGUGAAUGUGGCCGCGCCACAGGGCCGCCACUCUGUCCUAGCGCAGAAAAAUGGUGACUGUGGAAAGAUGAUGAAGAAGUUGUCUCUUCGUAAACAGCGCUUCAUGCAAUUUUCUUCACUGGAACACGAAGGAGAAUAUUACAUGACACCACGAGACUUCCUCUUUUCAGUAAUGUUUGAGCACAUGGAACCCCAGGAACAGAUGAUAGAAGACUGGGCACGCCUGGGUAAAACUUUAGUCAAGAGGCUGACAAAAAAGGAUAUUGAGGAUGUGCUGGCAGCAAUCCAAACAACUCAUUGUGGAUCAACCUUUUUUAGAGACCUUGGCGAUAAAGGGUUAAUUUCAUAUACUGAGUAUCUUUUCUUGCUUACAAUCCUCACUAAACCCCAUACCGGGUUUCAUGUUGCUUUUAAAAUGCUGGAUGCAGAUGGUAAUGAGAUGGUUGAGAAAAAGGAAUUUUUUAAGCUUCAGAAGAUCAUAAGUAAAGAGGAUGACUUGAAGACAAUAACUAAUGAAACAAAAUGCCAGGAACCAAAAGUGAAAGAACCUGAAAUUAACACAACCCUUCAGAUACGUUUCUUUGGAAAAAGAGGAGAAAGAAAACUUCAUUAUAGAGAAUUUCGAAGGUUUAUGGAGAAUCUACAGACGGAGGUCCAAGAAAUGGAAUUCCUGCAGUUCUCUAAAGGUUUGAGUUUCAUGAGGAAAGAAGACUUUGCAGAGUGGCUCCUUUUUUUCACUAACACUGAAAAUAAAGACAUUUAUUGGAAAAAUGUGAGAGAGAAGUUGUCAGCAGGAGAGAGCAUUAGUUUGGAUGAGUUCAAGUCAUUUUGUCAUUUUACAACCCACUUGGAAGACUUCUCUAUUGCCAUGCAGAUGUUUAAUUUAGCUCAUCGCCCUGUCAGACUAGCAGAGUUUAAGAGAGCUGUGAAAGUAGCUACAGGGCAGGAGCUCUCAAACAAUAUUUUGGACACUGUCUUCAAGAUCUUUGAUUUGGAUGGUGAUGAAUGUCUUAGUCAUGGAGAGUUUCUUGGAGUGUUAAAAAACAGGAUGCACCGAGGUUUAUGGGUACCACAACAACUAAGUGUUCAGGAAUACUGGAAAUGUGUGAAAAAAGAAAGCAUUAAAGGAGUAAAAGAAGUUUGGAAACAAGCUGGAAAAGGUCUUUUUUAGGAAAAGAUCAUGUGGGAAUUCUGCUGUGAAUGUCAGAAUUUGGAUUUUUUUUUUAAAUACCAGAUGUUUAUCUUUUUAAGUCUUCAUUGAUUUCCUUUGUAAUAUAAAGACACCUUUUUUUGCUUCUGAUUCAGUAAUUUCUUAAGAUCUCAUUAACAAACUUUGUAAAAAGAAAGCAUACUUUUAAGAAAACAGAUAUAGGACUCAGUAAGAAAGGCCUAGGAUUGAAGUAAUGCUUUGUACUUUGAUAAAAUGGAAAGCCUAGUUAUUCACUGAUUUCUUAGACACAGUAGCACAUGCUCUCUGGAAGGGUCAACAAGAAUUUACAGAAACAAGUAAUUGAUAUACAAGGCCAGUAUAAAUUCUGCAAGCCCUGAUGUUCCUAGUAGAGCAAAUUAAGUUAACAAAUCAGGUUUUCUUCAUGUGUAUCUUAUAUCACAUAAACUUCUUGUACAUUUUACUUCAGUUAGCUAUAUAUUAGUUGACUUUAAAAUAACCUGUAAAUUUCAAUAUUGGACCUGGAAACAGAAUAAAGUAUUUACAAAGAUAUAAAAA